AUGCGUAUAUGGUCUAUCCCACUCAGGGGUAUUGCAGGCCUCCUACUUAUACAUACAAGCCCCGCAACAGCCGCCCAGGAAGACCUCUCCCAAUAUGUGAAUCCUUUCAUGGGCUCCGAAGGCCCCGAGCCAGGUACCGGCUUCGGCGGAGGUGAUAUCUUCGUGGGAGGUGCGCUGCCCUUUGGCGUGGCUAAAGUCGGCAUUGACUCUACCGCCGCGAACUGGAGCACUGCCGUUCUUAACGGCGGUUGGACGCCUGAUGGGAAUGUCACUGGUAUUAGUAUGAUGCAUGAGAGUGGGACUGGCGGGUCGCCCAAGUAUGGAUUGAUCUCGCAGAUGCCUUUGACUUCUGUUGAUGUGCCGGUCAAUGUGCUUGAUAAUAUGACUUAUAGUCAGCCCAGGAUUGGCAAUGAUACUGCCAGGUUAGGAUACUACAAGACUAAUCUGAAGAAUGGAAUCACUGUUGAGCUCUCCGCUUCUCGGCAUGCUGGUAUCAUGGAGUAUUCGUUUCCGGAGGGUGAGAAGCAUGUGCUUGUUGAUGUGUCGCAUUAUCUCCCGGGCUCUCCUGGCGAUGCGAACGGCCAGAUAUUUGUGGGAGGCGAGAUCCAGAUUGAAGCCAAUGGUAAAGCAUACAGUGGGUAUGGCACGUAUGCUGGAGGAUGGAAUAACGGAGCUCCAUUUACUGUCUACUUCUACGGAGAAUUUUCGGCUCUGCCAGACCAGACGCAGACAUUCUCUGGCAUCAAUACAGAUCCGAUGACCAGAUACCAAAAUCUAGCCAAUGGCGGAAUAAGCGAACCAACAUUCAAAAACAAAUCAAGUAAAGUAACAUCAGGUCCCAUGAACAAUCGCAUUGGCUUGCUACUCAGCUGGAACGAUGGACCUGCUUCGCAUAUUACCUCGCGCGUUGGUAUAUCAUCUAUUUCCACCGACCGGGCCCGUUCCUACAUACAAAAGGAGAUUCCAUCAUGGAAAUUGAACGAUACAGUCGCUGCUGCGGUUAAGGAAUGGAAUAUGGAUGUGUUCAAUAAGAUUCAAGUUCCACUUGAUGACUCUGCCAACAUGACGCAGGUCAGGCUAUUGUACAGCUCGUUGUAUUUCAUUCACCUGAUGCCUUCGGAUCGAACUGGAGAGAAUCCUCUAUGGAAUUCAGAGGAGCCUUACUGGGAUGAUUUCUACACAAUGUGGGAUAUUUUCCGCUGCACUGUUAGCUUCUAUCACAUCUUCCAGCCAGAAUACUACGAGUCCAUGAUCCGAGGACUGAUUGAUAUUUGGAAACACGCAGGAUUCCUCCCAGACGGUCGCUCAGGAAACUGGAACGGACUGGUCCAAGGUGGCUCCGAUGCAGACAACGUCCUAGCUGACGCAUACGUCAAAGGCAUGCGAGGCGCCAUAAACUGGACGGAAGGCUACGCAGCUAUGAAGAAGGACGCAGAAGUCACACCCUACAACACCUUUGAUCCAACAGAUAUGACAGCAAGUACCAAAGAAGGUCGCGGUGCGCUAGAUGACUGGAAAGAACUGGGAUAUGUAUCCCAGGACCAUAACACGCGCUGUAUCUCGCGCACCGUUGAGUAUAGCUUGAAUGAUUUCGCUGUCAGUCAGGUCGCCGCCGGGGAAAUGCCCGGUGACCGAGAGAAGUAUCUUAAUCGAUCCGCUGGGUGGCAGAAUAUUUGGAAUCCUGAUGUCAAGAGUCUGGGUUUCAGUGGGUUUAUGGCACCGAAGUUCUCAAAUGGAUCGUUCAAUGAUAGUGGAUAUGAUCCGUUGUUGUGCUAUGGGUGUGAGUGGCAGGAUUAUACUUACGAGGGGAUUCCAUGGGAAUACUCUUUUGUCAUUCCUCAUGAUGUGAAGACUCUCAUUGAGUUCAUGGGAGGGGAGACGACAUUCGAGUCUCGACUCGAUUUAAUGUUCAAACCAAACAUGUCCGUUCAAAAUCUCGGUGCGAAUGGCGCAGCCAUCACCACAUUAAUUAACAUUGGCAACGAACCCGACUUUGCCACGCCUUAUCUUUACAACUACAUCAACAAGCAAUACAAGAGUGUCAGGCAGUCUCGCAGUCUAGCCAAUCAAUAUUUCAAAGAUACAGCCUACGGAAUCCCUGGAAACAGCGACGCAGGCGCAAUGAAUUCCUGGCUCUUAUGGCAGAUGCUGGGUAUUUACCCAAUCGUCACCCAGCCCGUUUACCUGCUCUCGUCGCCCUGGUUCCCCGAUCUGAACAUGACAAUCAACGGAAACAAGACACUCCGAAUCUCCGCUACUGGUCUCGAGAGUGGGUAUUAUGUGCAGAGCGUUAGGAUCAAUGGCAAAGCAUGGACCAAGAACUGGUUUGAGCACGAGGAUGUCAUGACGAAUGGUGGCACGAUCGAAUUUGAGCUUGGAGAGGAUGCGAAAACGUGGGAGACUGGGAAUGUGCCGCCUUCCCCGGGACAUGUGCAGUUUGACAGGAAGUAG